AUACAAAAUUACGUGUAACUGAAAAUUAUCAUCUUCUGCGCAUACUCCCAGCUUGCGGCAUCGAAACCCCCAGAGUUGUGAAUAAGAUUUUUCGUGCACUCACUGUGCAGGCCCGAGAGCACGUUCACGAUUGUGAUCUGCGUCUGGGUAACAGAUAUAUUGUUAUAGGCUACUACGAUUACACACGCGCUGGUCAACUGUUUCAAGCAUGGAGCGUAACGACACAUUAGAAAGCACAUUUGCGAUGAGUCUGCGCAAUAUAACCGAUCAUGAAUUAGACGCCUUAUUGCACUUCGAUAGUCCACCGCCGACUCUUCGAUUCACACACAGCUCUCAACAGCAGCAAAUGAAUGAUGAUCAUAGAGAAGCAGAUGCAACUUUUAGUAUUUUGGAAUUUAACCGGGAAGAGCUUCCCUCACAAAUGAGUUCACAAGAUGGGGGCAUAAAUUAUUUCCCAGACGAUUUAGAUUUUACUCUUAAUUUUUCUCAAGAAGCUGCAGAAAGAUCUCACUCUGUUAUAAUAAAUUCGCUGGAAUUAGAAAGUAUUGAUUUGAGUAAUACCGAAUUGAAUGAAUUUCCGCAAAUUAAUGCUGCAACACCAAGAAAUCGAGAUUUAGUUGACACCGAGGUCUCAUAUUCAAAGAACAUAUCUACGUGCGAUCAAAGUAAUGCAGAACGGAGAGAAUCUGUCGAUGAAGUGAUCAAAAAAGAACUUCUGGAUAUAACUGUAUUUGAAAAUUUUUCCAGCGAUGAUGAUUUUGCCUCUUUUAAGGAUGUGGAGUUAGAUUCAUCUUCCGAACUUGGACUUGAAUGUAUCGGAGAAGCGAAAUUAAAGCGAAUGUGCCUAACUCAGAUGGAAUCUCCAAAGCAAGAGCACUUUCCAAUACAAAUACACACAUCAUGCCCAGCACCGAUUCGCGUCGAGCAAAGUCCGGCUUUGCCCAGUACUAUUUCGCCUGGUAAUCAAAUGAACUUGACGGACUCGCAAAUAACCACCCAAACUGAUGCCAUAGAUUACAGAGUCAAUACCAUCAACAAAUCGAAUCCCUCAGCUCAAUGCUAUAAAAACUCAUCGCAUGCUGCGACUUCGCACACUAGCGUGAUAACAAAUUCCCCGGAUUACAAUUCAACGGUCGACGCCACUAUGGUGCCUGCUUCGGUGAAACAACUGUACGAUAUUGUGCGCGACCAAUACUCUGAUUUCGCCUUUGUUUACUCGUUAAGCGCACAGCUAUGCCAAGAUCGUGUGCCAAUGGAUUGCUUCGUCAACUUAAAAAUGGGCCUAUUGCUCAGCUUAGCAUCCAUUAGCUCAAACCCAGAUCGUCCCCCUGUACCGAUAAUUGCGUUUGGCAGCGACACUUAUAUGGCCAACUUCUUGCUCACCAACGUAGCGCAACUGGCAGCGCGCUUUGUUGGACCAGCCGACGACGUAAAACCGACAUCCAACAGUACUUAUCGCAACUGUAAUUGGUUAGUAGCCGAUCCGAUCAUAUUGGCGAAGGGAGGUGUUUAUUUCGUCGGUGAUUGGUCGCGUUUGAAGCUGACGCGAGCCGAUCAAAUUUUUCGCAUCAUCGAGUGCGCACGAGUUCCUCUUGAUCGCUCAUCACAAACGUGUCCAUUGGAGUGUGCCCUUUGGACACAUUGGCGCUCAUCCAAAGGUGAUGCUAAGGAUCAACAAACAUUUAACAAAGUCGUUAAAAUUUUCGGCAUUCCCAUUUGCAUGGACGACGACGAUAAACAUGAGGUGCUCGUGGAUUACAUUCUAGAACAGUCGUCGGUGAGCGUCUUCGAAUCGACUGUGGAUCAUUUGUCAAUUAGCAGUGAGGACAUGCGUCGCUAUUUAAGGACAAUUUCCAGCCGUUCUGUAGAUCUGACACCGGAAGCGUCGCACCUUUUGCAAAAAUACUUUGUAACAUCUCGCUUUGCGCGCCCUGAAUGCCUAACUAAACAAGCUUUUGUGGUAUUGAAACAAUUUGCCGAGUCCUUUGCGAAGUUAUGCUUCCGCCACGAAGUAUUGGUUUGCGAUGCCGUUGCAGCUUGUUUCAUGUGCGAACGUUUCAUACGUAGCAUUUUCGGUGUGACCGAAGACUCUCCGCCUGCAUUUGAAUCACACAAUUUUGUGGGUUCUGUGGAUGCGCAUAUGCUAAAAUUCCAAGAAUGGCUAAAAGCCUACAUCAAAAAAUUUGACGAUAAAUGACUUAGGUAAAUGAGAACAAAUGUACAUAAUUAAUGUUUUCUUACAAAAUUACAUUUUAUUUUAGAAUCAUACUUUAAGUUAAACGUUUUCAAAUAGGUUACAGAUUUACAUAAACAUAUGUAUGUAUGUAUCAAUAAAUAUGCUUAAGUAUACAUAUGUAUGUAGUUUAAAAACUUCCGAUUCAACGAAAUGUAUAAAAAAUACUUGCGUCAAUACAAAAAUGUCAAUACACAUAAGGCUUUAGUUCAGUUUCAUAUAAAUA